AUGGAAGAGACCUUCGUCCCUUUCCGCGGGAUUAAGAAGGACUUCGAAGCUAGAUUGAAAUGCUACAAGCAGGACUGGACUGGUGGCUUCAAGGCAGGCAUCAGGUGGGGUUCUGAAUCUCCCUAUCGAGCGAUGCAUUUGGAUAUAACUUGUAUUGCCCGUAUUUUAAAAUGGUUUAAUCAUAAGAUGCCGAUUCCUUUCGAAUUUUUAGGAUUCUGGCUCCCACAACGUACAUAUUCUUUGCCUCUGCGAUACCCGUCAUUUCUUUUGGAGAACAGUUGGAGAGAAACACAGGUAACAAACCUUGCUGUUGUUCUCUUUGGCAUAUUUCAACGCUACGUUGAUGGUUCUGUAGAAACUGAGAUGCGUUUCUGAAUUGAUCCUUGGGAAAUCUACUGAUUCGGGCAGAUGGGAUCUUGACUGCUGUUCAAACUUUAGCAUCCACCGCCCUCUGUGGGAUCAUACACUCGCUGGUUGGUGGCCAGCCUUUGCUAAUUCUUGGCGUAGCAGAGCCCACAGUUCUCAUGUACACCUUCCUGUUUAAUUUUGCCAAGGAUAGAGCUGAUCUGGGUCCAAAGCUGUUUUUGGCGUGGUCUGGAUGGUAAAGUCUGGAUCUUCGGAUCCCCACUCGGUAUUUUGGAAUCCAGAUCAAUUUUCAACCACUGAACUUCCAUCAACUUGAUUUCCUUUUCAGGGUAUGUGUGUGGACAUCAUUCUUGCUGUUCUUGCUGGCCAUCUUGGGGGCCUGCUCCAUUAUUAACCGAUUCACUAGAAUAGCUGGUGAGCUCUUCGGCUUGCUGAUUGCGAUGCUGUUCAUGCAGCAAGCCAUUAAAGUGAGUGCUUCCAUUCCCCAUGAGCUCUGAAUUGCUGGGGAGCAAAUCAAGUCUGGUCUCUCUUUCAUUUCAGUUUUAUAUGACCGACUCAUGUCAAUUUAUAGCCUUCUGAUGAAUGAAUGUACUGGAAGCUCAGCAAAUAUUUCUAAGAGGAAAUGAAAGAAAACAGAUAAAGAAUGUAAAAGAGGCCAACGUAAAUCAAGGCUCCCAAAAUUUGCUCACCUAUUUUCAAGUGAGUUUAACAAAGUGAAAAAUAUCAGGAGAAAAUAUUCAUCGUCUGUGCCUACUGGAUCAAAAUCAAAUGAUUGUUUAACUAUCGCUGAAAAGUUGAAUAAAAGGAAAAUCAAAUGGAGGUCAUGUUACAGUUGUAGAUAACAAAGUAUUCAGAAUUUUCCCAGGAUUUUGCUGAUAACAAAGUAUUAUUGGGGAUUAUCAUCCUUUUUAUAGAAGCUGAUGGUAUCACUGAAGUUGUGUGGUCUAUUGUAUUACAAUGUUUAUAAAUUUGACAGUGCCCUAAGUAAUAAUUUUUUUGUGUGUUUUGGAUUGGUUUAGGGCCUUGUUGACGAAUUCCACAUACCCGAAAGAGAAAACCCUGGGUUACCGCAGUUCGUUCCAUCUUGGAGGUUCGCCAAUGGGAUGUUCGCAAUUGUCCUGUCCUUUGGCCUUCUUCUCACUGCUCUGAAAAGUAGGAAAGCUAGGUCAUGGCGAUAUGGAACAGGUAAAUCUGACCAUCAAGAGAUGGUAUGCUUUCCAAAUUAAGGUAUUUACUGAGUUUGUCGUUGGAAAAAUCUUUCUCAGAUCCCCUUUAGUGACAGAGAGAUACGUGGGAGAGCUUCAUUCCUAAGUCGUGAUAACCAAUUUGCUAAAUAUAUUUAGCACCCAUCUAAUUAUUACGGGCAUCUCAUGCUUAUUCUGGAAAUUAUUUUGCAGGUUGGUUACGUGGGUUGAUUGCAGAUUAUGGGGUGCCACUGAUGGUCCUCAUCUGGACAGGUGUUUCUUAUAUACCAGCUGGUAACAUUCCUAAUGGCAUCCCACGACGGCUCUUCAGCCCGAAUCCAUGGUCACCUGGUGCAUAUGAAAACUGGACGGUCAUCAAGGCAUAUUUUCUUUAAAUCUUCCCUCUAGAUCUUCUCUGACUCUGAUUUGCUUCUAAUAUCUCACUUUGAAGCUUGAAUCUGAUUUCUGAUCUGCUUCUAAUAUUUUAUCUUGAACAAUACUUAGCUGAAACUUCUAAACUGGGUUUUUGUUUAUAAAACAGGAGAUGCUCCAAGUGCCCGUUCUCUUCAUCCUUGGUGCUUCCAUCCCGGCUACCAUGAUUGCUGUCCUGUAUUACUUUGACCACAGCGUAGCAUCUCAACUUGCUCAACAGAAGGAGUUCAAUCUGAGAAAACCACCAUCUUUUCAUUAUGAUUUACUUCUUUUAGGCUUUCUGGUAUCUCUCUCUCUCUCUCUCUCCCCCACUCUGUCUCGCACUCUCACUCCUUAAUGCUCCCAAGGUUAUCACCUUCCAUCGUUUUGUUUGACUCUUUUUUAUAUUCUUUAGACCUUAUUGUGCGGCCUCCUUGGGAUACCCCCGGCUAAUGGUGUCAUUCCCCAGUCUCCAAUGCAUACAAAGAGUCUUGCUACUCUUAAGCAUCAGGUAGGAUUUUGACGCCUGUUAUUAGCCUCUCUACAAUACUUAGAUUCUAGACUUAUAAUAAGGUUUCCUUCCUCUCAGCUGCUUCGCAAUCGGCUAGUGGCCACAGCAAAGCAUAGCAUGAAAGACAAUUCCAGCUUGGGACAACUAUAUGGAAACAUGCAGGAGGCUUAUCAGCAGAUGCAAACCCCCCUUAUCUACCAGCAGCAGUCUAUGAGGGUACAUUACAUUGAUUUUCUUUGUUUCUUGUUAACUUUCGAAGCAUCCAUUUCUUCAAUAUAUCACUGGUUCUCAACCAGGGUUUGAAGGAACUGAAGGACUCAACGAUCCAGCUAGCCUCGAGCUUAGAAGAUAUAGAUGCACCAGUAGAUAAGGCAGUAUUUGACAUUGAGAAGGAAAUUGAUGAUCUCUUACCUGUUGAGGUAAAAGAGCAGCGUCUAAGCAACCUGUUGCAGUCUAUUAUGGUCGGAGGCUGUGUUGCUGCCAUGCCGUUUCUGAGAAAGAUCCCAACAUCUGUUCUGUGGGGCUACUUUGCCUUUAUGGCUAUCGAGAGCCUACCGGGUAAUCAGUUUUGGGAGAGAAUUCUUCUCCUUUUCACUGCCCCGAGCAGAAGAUACAAGUAAGUCGGAUAGUUCACAACUUUCAGAGAUUCAUCAUCUAGUUAGUAAUUACCUGAGAAUAGCUCAACUUAGAGUAAUAUCACAUUGCCUGGGACGAUGAAAUCCAGUGAUUAAAAACAUAUGGGCUAAUCUGCUCAUUGCCAAUUGGUUUUUACUUGGAUGGUUUAGUUCUCUUACAUGGCUCAUAGCUUCUGGUUUGUCCUGUGUUGGAGUCGUUGAUGUGGCAGAGGUAAUUAAAAGGUCAGCUUGAACAUUAGGGAGUGUGGUAGAAUAGUCCUGUAUUCAAUUGAAGGUAAUAAAGAGGUAAUCCCAGUGUUGCAUUGUUUGGGUCUAAUCUUAGCUUUUGCCAGUUAUUUAUGGGCUGGAUGGCCCUUUUAUUUCACAUAUCAGUGCUAGGCAUUCAUCAUAACCAAUAUCUUGACAGAGUGCUUGACGAGUACCAUGCAACGUUUGUGGAGACGGUGCCAUUCAGAACCAUUGCCAUCUUCACUCUCUUCCAAGCAGCUUACUUGCUGGUGUGCUUUGGAAUCACUUGGAUUCCUAUCGCUGGUGUACUGUUUCCGCUGAUGAUCAUGCUGUUAGUUCCAGUCAGACAAUAUAUCAUGCCCAAACUCUUCAAGGGGGUUCAUCUCACAGACUUGGAUGCAGCAGAGUAUGAAGAAUCACCUGCUUUGGCGUACAAUACGGCUACUGUAAGUUCUAGCAGGAUUUUAUUUGCGAGUACAAUUCGGCACUGAUUCUCACUCACUUAUCAUGGUUUGCCAAUCAGGACGUAGACCCAGCAAUGAAGACAGGAUCUUUUGCAGAAAGUGGGGAGAACUUGGAUGAAAUAAUUACCCGGAGUCGUGGUGAGGUCAAGCACACGAGAAGCCCCAAAGUGAAGACUCCAGCUGGAACCCCUGCCAGUGAUUCUAGGGGAAUGCAUUGUCCUCGUUAUACAGCUCAUAAUCCUUCGGUGAGCGAGCUGAAGGAGCAGAGUCCGCGUACUAGUGGCAGAGGAGCACUUAGUCUGAAGGCACCAGAAGGGUUGUCUGUCAUAGAUCCAGAUCUGAAGUAG